AUGGCAACAAAUGAAUUAUUCAAACAGAAACUACCAGAACAGUUACUAGAUGCUUUAUCCAGCGGAACUUGGUCUCGACUUGUUCGGAUUGUGCCAUUGAUAUGUCAUGCUCAAAAAACUGCUAUCCAAUUUCCAUCCAUUGAAGUUGCCAAUGUCAGAUCACCAGGAGUCUUGUAUCUGACCAACCCAUUUCGAAUUUCACAAUUCAGCAGGAUUUUGCUAGCAUUGGAUUGGAACCAGCUAUCAAGUGCUACCAAUGUGUCCAUCAUGAUCUUAAACGGAAUGCCUAUAGAUAAAUGGAAUAAUCUUCCACUAGAUUCGCAGAUUAUUGCAGAGCAGUUUAUAUUGAUUAGUUUAUUCUUGAUGAUACAUCACAAUGAGGGUAAAUCAUCCGGAUUAGACGAUUCCAUUCGAUCUCAACUAUUAUCAAGAAUAAACAACAGCGAUUUACCCAUUAUACGAUGCUCAAAACUAUCUCCUGGUGCAUGGAAGUCGACUUUUUCUAACCGAUCUCUAAGACUGAGCCCAGACACACUUUUCGCGACUAUAGUUUACGAAUGGGAACUAUUCAUACAUGCAGCAUUAGACAAUAUACGCACAUCUUACUAUGAGCAGCAAGGAUUCUUGAACUUGGAAAAGCUUAGUUUGUUUUUAAACAAGGACCCAAAAUCAGCCAAAACAAUCAGUCAAGCUCUUGCUACAUCAUACUACACCGUUUUACAAUACGCUAAUGUUCAUCCAGCUAUAGCAUAUACCAACUUGGAGUUUCUGGCAAUACUUUCAAACGAUCUACCAGUAGUAUGGCUGAAUCCACAUUUUGUUCAAAUUUUGAUUAAAACUCUUGAUCAUUUGGCUGGUAUCAAUUCCCCUAGCAAUCAAACAAUUGGAUAUAUAAAGCAGUCUUUAAUACUAUUUCUUACCGUAUUGCGUAGAUCCGAUAUUGACGAGUUGUUUGAUCAAGCACGACAAAUUUUAUAUUCAUGCAUACAAAAACUACAAUCUCGUCAACUCGAUGUGUUGGCCAGUAGAGCUGCUUUAGUAUAUAUUGCACUUUUAGCUCGAACUAAACAGUCAAUCUCACUCAAUGCAAUACACGAUCUAACAAUUGUAUUGAAACACGCUUAUACUACCGAGGAAAUGCUCAGUGAACUUGUACUUCUCAUACCCAAGUGUGAUCAACCAUCCAAACGACAGAUAUUCAAAUCACUUUUUUGCUCUUUGCAUUCAGACCAUUCUACAUUAGAUUCUAUCGAAAAUCCAUCGUUUGAGGAACUGGUUCUACUUGUUAGAUUGCUCACGUCUUCCGAGUUGGCGAUUACAAAAGUAUUUGAAGCAGAAUUGUGUCGAAUAUCUAAUAUACAUUAUGGAUGGACAAGCUGGUUAAUGUGCAAGCCAAAAUUGUCAUUAGAAUGGACAUUGGAUAUUAUUGAAGCAGUUCUUGCAAUUGAUUGCCGUAAACUCGACGCGACUCCAACUGACGAUACUCUUGGUUUUCUGCUACAUGAACGAGAACUAUUUGCUGUGGUUGGUCUACUGGAAGCUUUAGUUUGUGGCAAGAAUAACGGGGAAAGUAUUCCAAACCAAUCGAAUCUCGAAAAAGUAUCUUUUGCAUUUUCAAGAGCUAUGAAUGCGUUUGGAGGCUCGACAUCUCAAGACAUUUUGGGCUUAGCACAGUCUAUGUGUAUUGAUGCCAAUUUUAAGCAAGUGGUAGUGCUAUCAUUAGAUAUGCUACUGACACAUUCUGAAUGCAUGCCUGUUUAUACAGAAAUGGUCGGUGAUUCAAAGGUAACUUCAAAUAGCACAAUCACUGCGUCUAAUGCUUCAACUCUUUCAAAAGCUUUGAGUAUGAGUGUUUGUUUACUCUGGAAAAAUGGCGAUACAAAGACAGUGUCGGAUUUUUAUAGCAGAGUUUUUGUACAAACUAAAGAUUGUUUUGAACAUUGGAAAAAGUUUCCACUUUCCCAAUACACAUUAGAAACAGUACCUGCGGAAUGCAAUGCAGCUUAUGAUAUAAUAUUUAAAAAGUUUCAGCGAUCGAUUAUGUUGAUGCUAGCGUUAUUUGGUGGAAUUGGGUCAAUUUCUGCUGAAUACCUUCAAAAUCGGAUGCUGCAUCAAACACCAAUACCCAACGUUUUACUGGAUACAGUUGCUGUAUCUGUGCAAGCAAUGUCAAAUUUACAUUUUAUCAUUUCGCAAUUUGGAAUCGAUGGCGUAAGUUUGUGGGUUCAGUUGAUGGAUACUUUUUGUGAUAUUCUGUCAUACUCGCAAUUCAAAUCGAUUCAAACCUUGGAAAUAUGUGCGCCUAAAUCUAAAGCUAAUUUAGCCAAUCUAUCUCCAAUAGAACAAUCUCAGUCAUUGUUUUAUUUGCUGCUAGCCGGACGACUGAUAAAAGCAUUAGAUGGUGAUUAUAUCUCCACGUGCAUCCUCCCAAUUGCGCAUUCAUAUAUUUUUCAAGAAAAGAAUACACCGCCUUUUACUGAACUUGAGUCUACGGCAAGCGCACUUGAUCUUUUUGAUUCAGCACAUUCGGUCUAUUUAAAAUUGUUUGAAUGUUCCUUUUUGCAUCGGUCGCUUGUAUGUCAAAUUGCUCCAGAUUACGCGGACAUUCUGUUAAAGCUGUUUCCAAAGUUUAUGGACUAUGAAGCAUUGUGCUUGUGCUUCAAUGUUACUAUGAAAGGAUUUGGUGAAACGUUUUUCGCUAAUCCAGCAAUGCAUACCGGAAAUUAUACAAACAAGGACGAGUUCAAGCACGAUUUGCACAUUGAAAUGCCGAUAAAUAAUACGGGACAAACGGAUCUCAAAACAGCAAGUGACACACAAGUUGAACAUUUUAAAGAUACUAAAAACUUUUCAAAGUACAAUGUAGGAUGUAUAGAUUUACCUACUAGAUAUGCACUAGAGACACAGGCUGAAACGGCAUCUCGAAAAUGUAUAUCUUUGCUUCUUGAUGCAAUACAUCAACUGACCGAAAUUCAUCAAGAUUCUCCCAAUGCUUUACAUACUGAUUCACCAACGGCCUGCGAUGCCAAGUCUAAAUCCAGCCAGUCACGACUUGAAAGUAUUCUUGCUACUAGCAAACCAACUGCAAUGUUUUUACAACGGAAUCAACUGAUUAUGCUUUUGUUGGAUCAGUUGCAUACUGUUUCCUUGGCCAUGCUUCCUGGACUCAUGCAGCAUAUAUCUGAUUUAUUUAUUGAAAGCAUUGACACUAUACUCGAAGAGUUUAUACUGCGGAAUGGUAUAUGCGUCUUUAUAAAAUGGCCACCCGCCUGA